AUGGAUCUUGGUGCUAUGACUAAUUGGACGCCGACAACAACGGCUACAAGUACUACAUUAAGAAGUGUGGCAGCUACUCGUGCAUCUGCUUUAGUAUCCAGUGUUUCUGGAGCAUUUGAAACUCUUUUAUCAAAAGGAUCUACUAUUGACAAUAUUGAUUAUGUUAGUGCAUCCCGUAUUAUUAGAGGUGGACAGGCUUCAUUGACCAUUCUUUCUGCAGAGGAAGUAUUGGCAACAGCCACAGCAGAAGAUAUUAAAUCACAAGCUACUCAAGCCAUUUGGAAUGCUACUGAAAAUUUGCUUGCAUUGGAAUGGGAGGAAAAUGUUUAUGAUAUUCAUAGAUUAAGUCGUCCUGCCAAUAUUAUUUUCUUAGUGGUGUUUGCAAUCAUGGUUCUUACAACCCUUCUUAUGUGGUAUAAAUCCAGAUACUGGUGGUUCAAUGUGACUUGGACUUGUGGAACAGUCUUAGAAUUCUUGGGUUAUUUAGGAAGAGUAUUAUCAUUCGGGGAUAUGACUAAUUUCGAUUACUAUAUUCUACAAUUAGUGUGUCUUACAUUGUCUCCUGUUUUUUUAAUGGCAGCUAUAUACAACUUAUUUGGACAGUUGGUGGUGAUACAUGGCCGACAUUAUUCAUGGCUAAAACCAAUGUACUAUUCAUAUAUCUUCAUUACCUGUGAUGUCAUUUCGUUAGUUGUGCAAGCAGUUGGUGGUGGUCUUUCUGCCGUGGCUGCCAGUGAAUACGAUGAUGUUGAUCCAGGUACUUAUACCAUGAUUGCUGGUAUUGCAUUCCAAGUUUUCUCAAUGUCUGUAUUCUUAUUAUUUUGGUUCAGAUUUGUCUGGAAUAUGUAUUUCAUGGAUGUUAACAAUGAAAAAAUUGGCAACCCAUUACAAAAGAAGACAUUUGCCAACUACCUUAAAUUGUUAAUCAAUGGAAAGAGUGCCAAUGAAUACAAACAAAACGAAUUGGAGAAGUAUUAUGUUCCACAGCAUCGCAAGAUUAGAGAAAGAAAAUUAUACAAUUUUUAUGCAUUGGGUAUUACCUUGGCUGUUAUUGCUGUUUUCAUUCGUUGUAUUUAUAGAGUGGUGGAAUUGGCACAAGGAUUUAGUGGUUAUUUGAUCACCCAUGAAGUUUAUAUCAUGACAUUGGAUGCAACUAUGAUAGCCAUUUGCUGUAUCAUAUUCGUGUUAUUCCACCCACAAAUUAUCAUGGGAACCGGUAACGUCAUUGGAUUAAAAAGUAUGGCAAACAGUCCACAAGAAGAAGCAGAGUGUCGAAAGGACGGAAAUUUUGAUCAAGAAAAGAAUGUUGGCUUGCCAAAUAAAGAUCAGACCGGUUCAACCUCUGACUCCGAAGAAGAAACUAGCACCAUCCAAGGUGAUAGUUAG